CUACACAUUUCAGAAGGCAGUCAGCUACGAUACAGUUAGGACGCAUUUCUCCCAUCGGGAACGGAAAUUUCAAUAAUAAUCUAAAUAAAAAUUUUCUCCAAUUUUUCUGUGAACGUGUGAACAAAAAUCUCAAAACGCAAGUGUCCAAGAGUUUUUUUUUCGACUGUCUUCUUUCCAAUUUGCUUUGCGUUUUCCAACAAAAAUUCUCGUUAAAUUUAUUUUCUGAUAAACUAUAGGAUGACUUCGAUUGAAUCGAAACGCGUGCAAUAUCGCAAAUAUCUUGAAAGAGCCGGUGUCAUUGAUGCUUUGAGUAAGGCCUUAAUAAAGCUGUAUGAAGAGCAAAACAAACCCGAAGAUGCCAUAAGAUUUGUACGGAAAUUUAUGUGUGAAAGCUGUCCGGAUGAUGCACAGUACGAUCUGAUGAAAAAUGAUCUAGAGGAGGCCAAGACGUCUAUAGCCCGACUAGAACAGGAAUUGGAACGCCUGAGGGGCCAAAUCAAAAAAUCACCAGAGGAAUACCAGGAGCUCACUAUGGCUGGUUAUAAGUCUUUGACCGAUGACGAGGAGAAUGUCUCGUCGCUUUUACGCAAAUAUUUAACCCCAGAACUGCUGGAGGAAUAUAUGCUUGUGACCACAUCAGCACCUGUAGAGGCAUAUCUCUAUGAUUGUGCGGUUUCUGGAUUCGAGCAUCAUGACUCGACUGUUGGCAUCUAUGCUGCUGAUGUGGAGAGUUAUGAUGUAUUUGGGAAACUUUUUGAUCCCAUUAUUAAGGAAUAUCAUGGCCAAGAGGAUAACGAUUCGGAUGUACUGCAAAAGGACACCGACUGGGGAAACGUAGAUGAAAUUGAAAACUUGGAUGCGGAACGUAAAUACAUUUUAUCGACCCGCAUUCGCAUUGCUAGGAAUAUUGAGGGUUAUCCAUUUUUCCCCAAAUUGACGGAGAAACAGUUUAUCGAGGUGGAGGACCGUGUUCGUGCUGCAACCGAAACAAUGGAUGGCGAACAUAUUGGCAGUUAUAUUACACUGGCUGAUCUGGAUGCCGAGACCCAACAGGAAAUGGUGAAACGGCAUAUCCUGUUUCAGCGUGGCGAUGAGUACCUGACCACAGCGGGUUGUUAUCGUUUCUGGCCCACAGGCCGUGGAGUUUAUCAUAAUCCAGCAGAGACUUUUCUUAUUUGGGUUAAUGAAGAGGAUCAUAUGCGCAUCAUUUCCAUGGCUCAAUGUGGCGACUUGGGUGAUGUAUACAAUCGUUUAGUCAAUGGAUUGCAAGAGCUGGAGAAAAGCUUGACAUUUGCUCGUCAUCCACGGUAUGGCAAUUUGAGUGCUUGUCCCACCAAUUUGGGCACUACUUUGCGAGCUUCGGUUCACAUACGCUUGCCAUUGUUGGGCAAGGAUCCUGAUCGAUUGGCAGCCAUGGCUGAGGAACUGCAAUUGCAGAUACGCGGUACGGGUGGUGAGCACACAGCCAUUGAAGACGGAGUUAUGGACAUUUCCAAUAAGCGACGUCUUGGCUUCACGGAAUUUGAGUUAGUUAAGUCUCUUCAAGAUGGCAUUGUGGCUUUGAUAAAUGCUGAGGAGGAGUUGGAAAUAGCUGGACAAGAAGGUUAAGCCACUUGUCAAAUCAUACAUUUGUGAAUGAUUCAGAUUAGAUCAGUCAAUACAUUCUCUUUCCCCUCUCCUACAAACAAAUUCACACGCAUAUUUCGGUUAAAUAAAAUUUGUCCUGUACUAAUAACUACAA